AUUGUGACAGCAGUGAAGUUUUUACAGAAUCCACGAGUCCGCCAAAGUCCUCUUGCAACCAGAAGAGCAUUUCUGAAGAAGAAAGGCCUGACAGAUGAAGAAAUUGACCUGGCUUUCCAGCAGUCGGGCACAAGCACGGAUGAGCCACAGUCCCCAGGUCCUUCUACACAGCUGGUGCCAACUCAGCCCUCUCACCCUGUGCUGUAUAGUCCGCCUGGCUCCAGAUGGCGAGAUUAUGGGGCUUUGGCUAUCAUAAUGGCAGGCAUUGGCUUUGGGUUCCACCAGCUCUACAAGAAAUACCUUCUUCCUCUCAUCAUGGGAGGCAAAGAAGACAGGAAACAACUUCAGAGGAUUGAGUCAAACAUUUCUGAGAUGAGUGGCAGUGUGACACAGACAGUGACUCAGUUACAGACAACUUUAGCAGCUGUCCAGGAACUGCUAAUCCAGCAACAACAGAAAAUCCAGGAUCUUACCCAAGAACUGGCUGCUUCUAAGGCCACAACUUCCACCAACUGGAUUCUGGAGUCGCAGAAUAUUAAUGAAUUGAAAUCUGAGAUCUACUCAUUAAAAGGACUUCUCCUGAACCGGAGGCAGUUCCCUCCCUCCCCUUCGGCUCCUAAGAUCCCGUCAUGGCAGAUCCCAGUGAAGCCAAGCUCACCCUCCAACCCUGUUGUGGCCAACCAUAAUAGCAGCAGUGACAUCUCACCUGUCAGCAACGAGUCUACCACCUCAUCACCAGUCAAGGAGAACCAUAGCCCUGAGGGCCCGAAGGUCAGCUGCCAUCUGCUGAGCGCAGAGGAGGGCAACAAGGCAGUGAUUGACGUCAAGAGCCAAGUGCGGAUGGAGGUACAGGGUGAGGAGGAGAAAAGGGAAAACAAAAGGAAUGAAGAGGAGGAAGAGGACGAUGAGGAUGACGAUGUUAGCCAUGUGGAUGAGGAGGAAUGUCUGGGUGUCCAGACUGAGGACCGUCGAGGAGGGGACGGUCAGAUUAAUGAGCAAGUGGAAAAGCUACGAAGACCUGAGGGGGCCAGCAAUGAGAAUGAGAUUGACUAAGACACCCUGGCUUCUGCUGCUGCUGCUGCUGUACAUCUUCCCUAGCCUCCUGCACUGUCCCUGGUGCCUCUCCCAUUUUGUGGAGAGAAGUGCCACUAAUCCCCUCCAGUGAUUCUCCCAUGAUUGACCUUGAGUAGGGUCAUGAUUGCCCAGUGAGCAAGGUGGGCCCUGUUUCACCACAGGGCUUUGCAAUGUUGCAGUGGCUUCUCCCCUCCCAGACCCACCUUCUCCCCAUGAGCUGGGGUCACUGCCUGGGCUGGAAGACCAAUCGCCUUACCAUGCACCACAGCUACAGAAUAAGUCCUCUUACAAAAACACAAUCUCUCCUGAAACAGUCAGCCUCUUUGCUGCAUCCUAAAGUCCUUCUAUCCGAUUUCAGAAACCAGUCUGUCCUGAGCUCUUUGAUUUCACAAGCCUUUAAUCCCCACAUAAGGCCCAAACCAGUUCUCUGUUUCCCAAAAUAACCCUCUGUUU